UGACGAGCGGAGCGCAGAAGACGCCGCGAUCCACCAUGUACCGUCGCCUGCAGCACAUCAAGCCCAAGCCGUCGCAGCACUCGAUGCUCACCCGUGAUAUGAGUCACAUUCGUAAGCUCAUGGCUGCGAACCGUGGCGAAAUCGCCACGCGUAUCAUGCGUGCUGGCAAUGAAUUGGGUCUCCGCACGGUCGGCAUCUUUUCCAACGAAGAUCGAUUCACACAACACCGAUACAAAGCGGACGAGUCGUACCUGGUUGGCAAAGGGAAAAGCCCCGUCGCAGCGUACCUGGACAUUGAAGGCAUCGUGAAAAUUGCCAAGGACAACCACGUCGACGCCGUGCAUCCGGGGUAUGGGUUUUUGUCGGAAAAUGUCGAGUUUGCCAAACGAUGCAAAGAAAAUGGCAUCACGUUUGUGGGUCCGACGCCGGAAAACUUGGCCAUGUUUGGGGACAAGACUGCCGCGCGUGCGAUCGCGAUCAAGCACAACGUUCCGGUCGUGCCGGGGACGGAUGGCCCCGUGUCGACGUUGGAAGAAGCGCGCAAAUUUAUUGACUCGGGUGUGGGGUACCCCGUCAUCAUCAAGGCCAGUAUGGGCGGUGGUGGCAAGGGUAUGCGCGUCGUGAACAGUGCUGAGGAGUUGGAAUCGAACUUUACGCGUGCCAGUUCCGAAGCGUUGGCCGCGUUCGGUGACGGCACUGUCUUCAUUGAGCGCUACGUGUACAAGCCUCGCCACAUCGAAGUACAGAUCCUCGGGGACGGCAAUGGAAAGGUCGUGCACUUGUACCAUCGUGAUUGCUCAGUGCAACGUCGUCACCAAAAGGUGCUCGAAACGGCGCCCGCCGUGGGGCUGCCCAAAGAGGUCGAAGAAGCCAUGAUCAACGACGCCGUUCGGUUGACGUCAGCGGCCAAGUACAAGAACGCGGGGACAGUCGAGUUUCUCGUGGACAGACAAGGCCGCCACUACUUCAUUGAGGUGAACCCGCGCAUCCAAGUGGAACACGUCAUCACAGAAGAAAUCACGGGCAUCGACUUGGUGCAAAGCCAGAUCCGCAUCGCCAAUGGCGAGUCGUUUGAGAGUCUUGGUCUGGUCCAGGACAAUAUCAGUGUCCGCGGCCACGCCAUGCAAUGCCGCGUGACGACGGAAAACCCAUCGCUUGACUUCCAGCCGGACUCGGGUGUGAUUGAAGUGUUUCGAUCGCCUGGUGGCAUGGGCAUUCGCCUCGACGAUGGCCCGGGUUUUGUCGGCGCGCACAUCACGCCCCACUACGACUCGCUCCUGGUGAAGGUAACGGCCCAUGCGCUCCAACGCGAAGAUGCAGUCCGUAAGCUCAAGCGCGCGCUGUCCGAGUUCCGGGUUCGCGGUGUGACCACCAACAAGAGCUUCUUGCAGCAUGUGCUGUCGCACCCCGACUUUGUCAAGGGCCACAUCGACACUUCUUUCAUUGCAGAUAACCCGCACUUGGUCGCGCCAUCCAAGUCCACCAAUCGUGGGCAAAAGAUGCUCCGAUACAUUGGGAACACCAUCGUGAACGGCCCGGAGAAGGACUUGGGUGCGACUGGCCCGGCCCCGAGUCCGAUGGACCCUAUCAUCCCCGUGCUCCCAGCAGGGCCUGCUCGCCAAGGCAAGUCGCUCCGCCAGAUUUACAAGUCGGAAGGCCCUGCUGCGUUUGCCAAGGCUGUGCGUGACCACAAGGGACUGCUCUUGACCGACACGACGUGGCGCGAUGCACAUCAGUCGUUGCUGGCCACCCGUGUGCGCACGCGCGACUUGGAAGCGAUUGCGCCGGCUACAGCCAUCGCACUUCGUGACGCGUACUCGAUUGAAAUGUGGGGCGGUGCCACGUUUGACGUGGCCAUGCGAUUCCUCCGUGAAGAUCCGUGGGAACGUCUUGCAAACUUGCGCGAACUCGUGCCGGACAUUCCGUUCCAAAUGCUUUUGCGCGGUGCGAACGCUGUCGGGUACACAAGUUACCCGGACAAUGUCGUGUACAAGUUUUGCGAAAAGGCGCAACAGACCGGCAUGGACGUGUUUCGUGUGUUCGAUUCGCUCAACUAUAUCGAGAACAUGCGCCUGGGGAUUGACGCGGUCGGCGCUUCGGGCGGGAUCAUCGAGGCUGUCGUGUGCUACACUGGCGACGUAUCAGACCCCAAGCGUGGCCCGUACAACCUCGACUACUACCUCAACUACACGCGCGAGUUGGUCAAACUCGGGAUCCACGUCCUUUGUAUCAAGGAUAUGGCAGGAUUGCUCAAGCCUCAGGCUGCGACCAUCCUCGUCGGUGCCAUUCGCGCCGAGUUCCCCGACUUGCCGAUCCACGUUCAUACGCACGACACUGCCGGGACUGGCGUGAGUUCGAUGCUCGCGUGCGCGUACGCAGGUGCGGACGCCGUCGAUUGCGCGACGGAUGCCAUGUCAGGCACGACGUCGCAGCCGUCGAUGGGUGCGUUGGUUGCUGCGGUCAAGAACACCGAACUCGACACGGGCAUCAACCCAGAACACAUUAACGAGAUCAACGACUACUGGGAAACCAUGCGUGGCGUGUACGCUCCGUUCGAGUCGGGCCAGAAGUCCGGGUCGGCCGACGUAUACCACCACGAGAUGCCCGGUGGUCAGUACACCAACUUGUUGUUCCAGUCCAACCAACUCGGGUUGGCGGGUCAGUGGCCCGCGAUCAAAAAGGCGUACGCGACCGCGAACAAGCUGCUUGGAGACAUCAUCAAGGUGACGCCGUCGUCCAAGGUUGUCGGUGACUUUGCCCAAUUUUUGGUCCAAAACAAACUCACGGAAGAAGAAGUCCUCGCCCAAGCCGAGACCCUGAGCUUCCCCAAGUCGGUCGUCGAGUACUUCCAGGGGUACUUGGGCAUUCCCCACCAUGGCUUCCCCGAAGCUCUCCGAUCCAAGGUGCUCAAGGGCCGCUUGCUCCCGAACGGCAAGUCCGUGUUCGAAGGCCGCCCUGGUGCCGAACUCGAGCCGUAUGACUUUACCGAAGCCCACCGCGCCCUCGUCGAGUCGUAUGGGUCGGACAACAUCUCGGAACUGGACGUGCUCUCGCACGCCAUGUACCCUGACGUGUUCAAGAACUUUAUGGAGUUCAAGGAAAAGUACGGGUCGCUCCACUUUUUGGACACGCGCACGUUCUUGACUGGGCUGCAAGUGGACAAGGAAAUUGAGCUCCAGAUCGAGCAUGGGAAGACUGUAUUUGUCCGCCUCGUCGCGGUUGGCGGCAUCUCCAAGAAGGACGGUACGCGCGACGUGAUCUUUGAAUUGAACGGUCGCCAGCGCGUGAUCAAGGUUGCCGACGCAAACGCCGGCGUUGGCAAGGUCGAGAAACUCAAAGCGAGCCCGAACGUACCAGGGUCGGUCGGCGCCCCCAUGCCUGGUGUGAUUGUCGAAGUCAAAGUCCAACGCGGCCAGCAAGUCAAAGCAGGCGAACCGCUCUGUGUGUUGAGUGCGAUGAAGAUGGAGACGGUGGUGGCCGCCCCUGUUUCGGGCAAGGUCAAGGAACUCCACGUUAUUGUCGGCGACAGCUUGAAGGCCGGGGAACUCUUGGUCGAAAUCGACGAGUCGGGCGAGAAGGACGUGUAAAUCGAAUGAACCAAUGUUUAUAGUA